AGUGACUGAUGACCAGCUGCAGCAGCUGAUCGGCGGAGAAGUAUGAUGUUGCUGUGGAGCUGUGCGGUCCUCUUUCUUGUGGGCUCUAUAUGUGACCUUGCGCUGUGUUUGAACCCCAGAGAUCCCAAUGUGUGCAGUCUAUGGGAAAGUUUUACCACCUCAGUGAAACAGUCGUACGCUCAGCCGUUUGAUCAGGUGUAUGAGGAGCCCUGUUGGGAACCCUGGAACCACAACAAAUGCACUCGACACCGGAUCGUAUAUAAAACCGCCUAUCGCCAGUCGGUGAAGCUCGAUUAUCGCAGGAGGUUUCAGUGCUGCCCGGGGUUCUACGAGAGCCGAAACAAAUGCGUUCCUCGCUGCACCAGAGAGUGUGUACAUGGGCGGUGUGUUGCUCCUGAUCGCUGUCAGUGUGAAGGCGGCUGGCGAGGAGACGACUGUUCCAGCUCUUGUAAUGCACUGCACUGGGGGCCGGACUGCAAAAAACAAUGCGAGUGUCAAAACAAAGGCCAGUGUGAUGUCCUUACCGGCUCCUGUAUCUGCCCACCAGGCUACACAGGCACCCACUGCCAGGACUCGUGUCCGAAGGAAUAUUUUGGGCAGGACUGUAUGCAGCAGUGUCGGUGUGGAACAGGUGGCUCCUGUGAUAAAGAAACAGGGGAGUGUGUGUGUAGAGAAGGAUUUACUGGGACGCUAUGUGAGACACCCUGCAUAAGGGUCGGUCGGUGCCAAGCUCGCUGCUCGUGCCAGAACGGAGGAAUCUGCAAGGGCAAAGGAGUUUGUGUGUGCCCGCCUGGAUGGACUGGUCCAGUUUGUACGGAGCGCUGUGCUAAGGGACGAUACGGUAUGAACUGUUCCAGCGAGUGUUUGUGCCAUAACGGUGGCCAUUGUGAGCCAGAGACGGGCCAGUGUGUGUGUGCUCCUGGUUUCACUGGCGAGAGGUGUAAUGAGGAGUGUCCAGUGGGCAGCUACGGUCAGGACUGUAAGGGUGUCUGUGAUUGCACCAACGGGGCUCGUUGCUAUCACAUUGACGGUGGCUGCUUGUGUGAACCGGGCUUCAGGGGGCCACAGUGUUCUCACCGGAUGUGCGCUGACGGAACUUUCGGCAUGCACUGCGAACAGAAAUGCCUUUGCAACCCCGCACACACUCUAAGUUGUCACCCAUUGAAAGGAGAGUGCAUGUGCCAGCCUGGGUGGGCAGGACUCAUCUGCAACGAGACCUGCGCUCAUGGUUAUUAUGGAAAUGGCUGUCUGGAACCCUGUCUGUGUGUGAACGGUGGGGUGUGUGAUACUGGGACUGGGGUGUGUCACUGCCCCCCUGGAUACACUGGACAGCAUUGUGAGAAGCACUGUGAAAGUGAAUACUAUGGGAAGGACUGUUCGUCUGAGUGUACCUGUAAAAAUGCCAUCUCCUGCUCUCCUCUAGAUGGAACCUGCUACUGCAAAGAGGGAUGGAAGGGUCAAGACUGUUCCGUGGAAUGUUCAGUGGGGAUGUGGGGUCCAGGCUGCAAUGGCACGUGCCGGUGCGCUAACAAGGCCCGGUGCGACCCAGCCGAUGGCUCCUGCACAUGCACGUCUGGAUGGAGGGGAGAGCUGUGUGACCAGCCGUGUCCAGUGGGUACCUUCGGUCCAGGCUGCCAGCAUAAAUGUGACUGUCUCCAUGACAUGGGAUGUCAUAGCAUCACCGGGAAGUGCCACUGCCUGCCGGGCUGGACGGGUCCACGCUGUACUGAACAAUGUCCUGAGGGACUCUGGGGUCACCAGUGCAAUGAGAGCUGCUGCUGCCUCAACGGCGCCUCCUGUGCGCCACAGAGUGGAGUCUGCAUGUGCAAGCCGGGAUACUGGGGAGCUCAGUGUCAGCAAGUGUGUUCUCAAGGGUUUUAUGGAGAGAAGUGCAGCCAAAGAUGUCCGUCCUGUGUCCACUCCACCUCAUGCCAUCACGUCACGGGUCGGUGUGUGUGCCUGCCCGGCUAUACAGGACCACUGUGUGAACAAGUCUGUCCAGCUGGUCACUAUGGAAAAAAGUGCAGUGGUGUUUGUGGAUGUUCCAUCAAUGCUACGUGUCAUCACCUGGACGGAUCAUGCCACUGUCCUCCCGGCUGGACCGGAGCAGACUGCUCAGUGUUGUGUAAAGCAGGGACGUUUGGAACUGACUGUGCUCAGACGUGUUCAUGCUCACCAAACCACUCCUGUGAUCCUCACACUGGCGCCUGUGUGUGUGAACCGGGACCUGAUACAGACUGCACACAAGAGCCGGUGGUGGGCAUGAUGGUGCCCCUGUCCCCGGUGGAGAAAGACUCCUGGGGGGCGAUCGUGGGAAUCGUGGUGCUCCUGGUCCUGGUGGUGCUGCUGCUGGCCCUGCUGCUUCUCUAUCACCGGCGCAGACAGAAGGACAAACAAAACAACACACCCACCGUGUCCUUCUCAUCCACCCGCAACGUGACUACCGAGUACGCUGUACCAGAUGUUCCGCACAGCUAUCAUCACUACUACUCGAACCCCAGCUACCACACACUGUCCCAGAACAGAUUCCCCUUACCACAGAUCCCUAACAACCAGGACCGUGUCAUCAAGAACACCAAUAAGCAGCUUUUCUACAGUCUGAAGAAUAUGGAGCGAGAAAGACGAGGAUUGUUCGGCAUGGAAACUAAUGCAACUUUACCUGCUGACUGGAAGCACCAGGAACCACCGAAAGGACCAGGAGCAUUUGGAAUCGACCGGAGCUACAGCUACAGUGCCAGCCUUGGGAAGUACUACAACAAACAACUAAAGGACUGUGUUGCAGUGAGCAGCACGUCUCUGAACAGCGAGAAUCCGUACGCCACCAUUAAAGAUCUGCCCGGCCUUCCGCUGUGCCCUCCGGAGUGCAGCUACAUGGAGAUGAAACCCGCCGUGCCACACGAGAGAUCCUACACGGAGCUCAGGCACCCGGCACUGCCCUCCACCAGCUUCUCCUGCAGAGAGCAAUGCUUCCUUGGAAAUGUUCCGGAACAGGAGCCUCAGAAUCAUUAUGACCUGCCAGUGAACAGUCACAUCCCAGGGCAUUAUGACCUCCCGCCAGUACGCAGACCGCCUUCGCCAUCGCCGUGCAGACUGGCCAACUGAUCCCGGUCUCAGUGUGACCUCGUGGGUGAAGACACAGUCCAGCAUUUAUUCCUGAAGCACAACACCGGUCUUCAUUACCGGUUUAGUUCUCUCACAAUGUGGAGGAACAGAAUCUGGCCCUUUAACAGGGGGUUAAUCGAGGACGCAUUAACUACACCGUUCCACGUCUGAAAACUGAUGGGAUGCAGGUGGAACUGAGGAUUUCAUCCUGAUCUGUUUUUGUUUAAUAGGACGACAUUUUGGCGGGUCACAUUGCAUGGAAACAGUAAAUAACUGCACCAGCACGACAUUGCCAUCUGCUGGACACUGAACAUACCAAACACCAAUUCAGCGUUUUUCAUUCUUCAAAGCAUAAAGUUACACGUUUACACAUAUUUUAAGAGUUAUGCUUUCAUAUUCCUGCACAACUAUGCAUUCUACAACCAAAAAUGACCACUCGAGUUAAACAUUUAAAUUCCAUCGCAGCUACAUGAACUGUCUUUUUUAAGUUUGUACAUUUUGCAUCACAUUUACACGCUCCGUUUAA